AUGCAAUCUCUCUUUGUUAAGUGUUAGAAAUGCCAAUCAAGACCUGCCACAAUCAAGUGCAAUUAAUGUAGAUAUGGGUAAACUUUUCGAUUAUGUUACUCAUGUGAUUCCUAAAUUCACAAUCGAUCUGGGCCAAUAGAUUAGUAACAUAAAACUGAAAUUAUACCUUAUUAGGAAAUGUACUAGAAAAGCUAAGGUUUUGCUCCCGUUCCUCAGAAAAAUGAUUAGAGAAAUUCUUUCAAAAAAAAUGAAAUCAAACCCGCAGGCCAGGUUCCAACUAAGGACUAUUUGAGCAACGAUUCUAAAAAAUAAGAUUACUCUAAAACAUUCGAUGUCAAUCGCGUCAACAAUAAACAUGACUAUCUGGAGAAGAAGAUCGAUAGUAAUGAUAAGAGAGUUGAUCAGCCUUAUUCAUCAAACUAGAAAUUCAAUCAGGAUCAAGAUAGAGGAUCCUAAUCAAUUAUUAAUUAAUUAAAGGAAGAACAAUAAUAAACAGAAAGAUUGAGAGCUGAGUUGUAAUUGGCAAAAGAUAAAGAGAAGGAAUUAUAAAGAAAAUUAUAAAAAGUUGAGCAGGACUAAGAAUAAAGAUCAAAAGAUGAUAAAUAGAAAAUUCAAUAAUUGACUGAUGAAAAUAGAAAUCUUAACAAUAAAAUCAAUUAAGCAAACAAGCAGUUAUAAGAUGAAGUUAAUAAGGUUAAAAAAUAAUAAUAAGAUUAAAUUAAAAAGUUGGAAUAAGCAUUAAAGGAGAAAACAGAAGAGUUAGAAAAUAUUGCAUAAGAAUACAAUUUAGAAGAAAUUCAAUCCAUGAUAGAGUAACUGUAAUAGGAGUCAUAAAUGAAAGAUCAAAUUAUAGAAUAAUUGCAGCAAUAAUUAUAGGACAACUAAGAGGCUUUUCAAGAAUUAUAAGAUAAGUUGGCAAGCAGUUCAAAGUAGAAACAACAGUCAUCAAAUAAGAAGUCAGUCAAGAGCUAAGACAAUGAGAAAGAUGAAGUCAUAUAAGAAUUAGCUUAAUAAUUAGAAGCUAAAGAUGAGGAGAUUCGCAAAUUGGAAGAUUUAAUUGAAAACUUCAAAUAACUCUAUCAACAUAUGAGUGAUGAAAAACAAUAAUUAUAAGAGGAAGUCGAUAAAUUAGCAAAUGAAAAUAAUCAAUUUAGGGAAAUAUUUAGCGUAUUUUUUAAUCGUAAACUAUAGCAAAACUUACAUCUAUUUGGAAUUGAUCCUGAGUAAUUAAAUGAAGAGGGAGAGGAAGGAGAAAAUGAAUAUCCCGAAGAAAUUGCCGAGGAGAAUGACGAGUAAAAUGAUUGA